AUGAGUAGAACUAGGAGUCGAAUUCGGAGACCUGUAAAUCCGAAUGAUGAUCCGGAAAUUCAAAAAGCUUUGGGAUCAAUGACGAUUAAUUCGAGUCCUGAUGAGAUGCCAAGACCAGCGAGUUCUAGAAGAAGUUUGUUUGUUUUUUUGGUUUGGAAAUUAUUGAUUUUUCCAGAGAAUGUUCCGCUUGUUGUGACGAAAUCGAAAACAAUGAAUAAUCUUAUGAUUUUUGAUAGCAAUGAUUUUUAUUUCGGAUAUUUCUGAAGUUCGAAAAGAGGAAAAAAAUGCGAAAAAUGCGAUUGUUUUUACUGGAUUUGGAAAAGAAAAUAUUGAUGAGUUGAAACGAAUUGCACAAGAAUUCGAGCUCGAAAUAUCCACUGAAUUGGAUGAAAAGAAAACGAAAUGUGUAAUAAGUCGAGAUGGACAUCGAACACUUUUAGUUGUAAAAGCGAUAUGUUUGGAUAUUCCAAUUGUCAAACCAAUUUGGCUCGAAGAAUCGGAAGAGGAUUCGAAAUUAUUGGAUGCGGAUGAAUAUGAAUAUGGAGAAUGGAAAGAUUUAUUGAAGAAACGAAAGUUUUCGAAAAUCACGUUUUCGAAUUAUCGAGCCAUUUUUGUGCAUCGAAAUUGUGCUCCCAAACGAGCGGAUAUUUGUUGGAUGAUUGAAAAAUGUGGGGGGAAAAUCACGAAUAAAGUUGAGAAAUCGGAAAUUGUUAUUGCGCCGGACAAUCGGGAUGAAGAAGAGGAGACGGAGAAUUAUAGAAGACCUGUUGUCAGCCCGAUUUUUGUGAUAGGUAAGGUUUUUAGGAAAAAUUUACAUUUCAAACUUUAUCCCAAUUAAAUCCUAUUCUAUUUUUUACCAGACCAGUCAAGCUGGCUUUUAAUUUUAUCAAAAAAAAAUUCUAUGAAGUUAGGCGAUUUUCUGGAAAAUGUAAAAUUCUCACUAAACAUGAGCAAUGUUGGAAAACUUCCGAAACUUCAGAAAUUGAUAACAUGAGCAACGAUUUUUGGUACAAUCCACAAUUCAGUCUUGAAUUAUCAUUUCAGAAAAAAAAAACAAUUUUUUAGCAUGAGCAAUGCCAGGAAAAUUCUAGAAUUCCCCAAAAUUUUAGGAUCUGAAUUGAAAAACACAGUAAGCCAGGAAUACUGUAGCUCAUUCAGAAAAAACUCGCUUUUUGUGAUAGGUAAGGUUUAGAUUUAGGUUUUUUUAAAGAAAAAAUUUAAAUUUCGAAUUUUUCCCAUGUUAAAAAGAAUUUUCUUGAAAUUUCUGAAGAGUCCUGAAUUCUAGAUGAAAAAUUAAAACUAGUACCUAAAAUCCAAAAAAUUAGGGAUUGCUCAUGUUAGUGAUUUUUGGACAUGGUUUCACUUCUUUAUAAUUCUAAUUUUUCUCUAAAUUUUGGCACCAGAUCUACUUGAACCUCCAAAUUUUUUCAGAUUCCAUAACGAACAAUGAAUGCUUGGGUAUUGAGGAUUAUACCAAUUAA